AUGGUCAUGGACAGCUUCCACGUGGGUCUCUCUUUGGCGACGAUCUCGCGCCACAUCACAACGCAUCCGCUAGUCGACCAAGGCAACAAUAGAAAAACCUCCAUGACAGAAGCGCGCAUGCAGCAUCUUAAAGGCGCCGCGCACGUCUGCAUGCGCAGGGUCACGCAGCAGCUCGAGGUCCAGAUGGAGCUACAUACGCGCGACUUCGCCAACGUUGCCAUCUGCAUGGAAUACAUGAGCUACGAUAUGCGAGCUAAAGCUCUUUAGCAUUGUAUGUGUGUCUACAAGCUGCUCCAUCUUCCUGGUGCGCUGCAGCAGGUGGCAAGCGCGAUUGCCCUCCGGUCUUCUACAGCGGCUUCUCAGCUCUCUUCCAACGACCUGUAUACACCAUCGGGGAUAGUAUGAAUGCUGCACGAUCUGGGUGCCUGCCUUUUAAUACACGGUUGAGUGGUUCUGUCACGUUUCGGAUCGGAAAGCGUGCAAAUGGCUCUAAUAAAGGAACCCCGAAGAAGUCAGAUUUGUGGCGGAAGAAGGAUUUUCUGUGGUUCAAGGACACAUUUUACGAUUUCUGUCAGGAGACGAGGUUGGGUCUGACCCCGUGGUGCUCGAAGACAACAAUAUCUUCAUGAAAAUCACUAAAAAUGCCCGUCAACAAUUUUGGGAACUGCUGAAGCGCCGCUGGGCAUGCAUCACCGAUACGGAUAUUUUGACGAUGUCGUCAAACGAGCUUCCAAUUUACGAUCAAUUCACAUUUGAGCUCUUCUUUUAAAUGGCCCUGCUAAACGCCAGGCAGAGGGUAUUCGACGGGCAACAGCGGACCGUGUUCGAGCUGCAGCGAGAGAGAUCGCAGCGUUACAAGAUCGUGAGAGUCAAACGUUUGGUCCUAUUGC